AUGGCUGGUGUUAAGAAGUUAUCAAAGGAGUCGUUUUUUGCGUCUCCUCUUUACGACUUUUUGUCACCUUUUAGGCCCAUUGGGAACCAGUACUAUGCUGAGUAUGUGAUUGUCAUAUUUGCGCUGGUAAUACGGUGUGCAGUGGGAUUAGGAUCCUUUUCGGGUGAAGGUAGCGGACCCAUUCGGGGGGAUUUCGAAGCUCAAAGGCACUGGAUGGAAAUCACCACCAGCAUCCCAAUCUCAAAAUGGUAUUGGUUCGAUUUACAAUACUGGGGAUUGGACUACCCGCCUCUCACUGCGUACCAUUCUUAUUUUCUGGGAAAGCUGGGAUUGCUUCUCGACCCCAGUUGGUUCGCUCUCGGUGCUUCUCGUGGUUUGGAAACUCCAGACCUCAAAUCAUAUAUGAGAUUUACAGUGAUUUUGAGCGAAGUUGCGCUUUACAUUCCUGGAGUCAUUUAUUUCACCAAAUGGUUUGGGAUCAAGAGAAAACAGUCGCCUAUUGGCACUUAUAUAGCUGCUGCUGCCAUACUUUUCCAACCUUCACUGAUUUUGAUCGAUCACGGUCAUUUCCAAUAUAACUCUGUGAUGCUGGGGCUCACUGUCUACGCCAUCAACAACCUGUUGGAUGGAUUUUAUGGUCCUGCUGCUAUAUGCUUUGUGCUAUCCGUAUGCUUCAAGCAGAUGGCACUUUACUAUUCCCCCAUCUUCUUCGCCUACCUACUGAGCAAAUCGCUCUUUUCGCCCUCUUUCAACAUUCCUAGAUUCAUUUCCGUGGCCUUGUCAACUGUCGUCUCCUUCGCUGUUUUGUUCGCUCCUCUCUAUGUGUUUGGCGGGAUGAAAAAUGUUCUCCAGUCCGUUCACAGAAUAUUCCCAUUCGCCAGGGGAUUAUUCGAGGAUAAGGUUGCCAAUUUUUGGUGCGUGUCAAACGUUUUAUUUAAAUAUGCGGAAAACUAUACUCAGGCCGAGCUUCAAAAAUUCUCAAUGUAUGCCACAGCCCUUGGAUUUCUACCGUCUUUCGUCGUCAUGUUUUUCUACCCUAAGAAGCACUUACUGCCAUUUGCUUUGGGAGCAUGCUCUAUGGCGUUUUUCCUUUUCAGUUUCCAGGUUCAUGAAAAAUCCAUUUUAGUGCCACUUCUCCCCAUUACUCUACUCUACUGUUCCACGGACUGGAAUGUAUUGUCAAUGGUAAGUUGGAUCAAUAAUGUGGCCUUGUUUACUCUGUGGCCACUUUUGAAGAAAGAUGGUCUUGCAUUGCAGUAUGGAGUGAUGAUGAUAUUAUGCAAUUGGUUAAUUGGAAACUUUAGUUUCUGUACACCACGAUUCCUGCCUCAGUUUCUCACACCUGGGCCCUCUGUGAGUGACGUUUCGGAAUCCUACAGAAGAAGAAGCUUUCUGCCGAACAGCAUAUUGUGGAAACUGGUAAUCGUUGCAUCUUAUGUAGCGAUGGCCAUCAUACAUGUUCUGGAUAUGUUCGUGGAGGCGCCUCAACUUUUACCGGAUAUAUGGGUGCUUCUGAACUGCGGCCUGGGGUUUUCCUGUUUCGGUCUCUUUUGGCUGUGGAAUAACUACAAGCUUUUGGCCAUGAGAAACUCAUCCUUUGCCGAUUUUUAG